AUUCGACGCCCCCACGAAGACCUCCGGUAUCCCCCACCGGCGGCCACCGCCGAUGGAGACCUAGCGCCGGGUCGAUCUCCCCACUAGCCCAGCGGGUGGAUCAGUGGGCUGCUUCCAUGGAGGCCGAGCGGAUCCGGCAGCUCCUCCUCCUCACGCUCCGCGCGCCGCAGGGCCGCCUCGCCCUCGUGGGUGGCAACCACACCGCCGCCCGCUUCUGCACCCGCUAAGCCCGUCCGCCGGCUCCCUCCCUCGCCGGACUCCUUCUACUCGCUGCCGUCUCUGCGGUAUAUAGCUCUCUCUAUAUAUAUCUCUCUCACACACACACGCUCGCUAGCUCACCGGGCCUCCGAUGCCGGACGGCAGCGUCGUGAUCCGCCUCCCCGACCCGCGCAUCCUCCGCGUGAUCGCGCGCUCGGUGUUCCUCGCCGUCGCGCUGCUCUCCCUGGCCUGGCUCCGCGCGGCCGAGUCCCCCGCACGCAGGCGCGCCGGGGACGACGCGUGCGCCGCCGCGCUCCAGGCGGGGCUCCUGCUCCGCGACCUCCGCCGCGAGGGCCUGCUCGCCCCCGGUGCGCGCGCCGUCUUCCUCGGCGCCAAUGGAGACUGCCGCACUCCCGCCCUGAGACAGGACGCCGCCUCCAUGCGGCACAUCACGCUGCGGGAGUUGCUUAUGACAGGAGACCAAUCCGUCGACCUCGUGCUGGAUUUCGGCUACUUCGAGAAGGACGGCGACAGGGUUGGCUUCGCCGAUAGGGCGCUCAAGGACGGCGGCAUCUUCGCCGCCCCAAUUGGCUCCACGAGCGCGUUCCACCUGCCGCCGAACUACCGCGUGGCUUACAUCCGUCGGUUCACCGAGACUUUCGUCGGGAUCAAGAAGGUUGCGCGCACUGGAGACAAUGGGAUUGCCGGCGCAAGAAUGGGGAUGGCAGCCACUCCUGCUCUCAAGGAAGGAGUGCUCGCAUUUUCUGCUCAAACAGCUGACACUGCGGGUGCUCAACUCAAGAACUUCAGUAGGAAGCUCCUACUGCCUGACAUCGCUGGAGCAUCAGCAGCUCACGCACAUCAAGGAUCGCUAAAAUUGCGUCGUCGUCCAGUGAUCGCAGUUGAUUCGCCGGAUACAAGGAAUGCCGAUGAGCUGCAGCCUAAACAUACUCUCAUCCUUCAGGUUAAGUCUGUAUAUUGAAUGCUGCUGCAGCAGCAGCAGCUCAACAAGAGCCUGAGACUGAACCCAUUUACAAAUUACAGGGCAUUAAAACGAAACGAAGCCUGCAUGGGAACAGGGAAAUGUCAAGUGAAGAAGACAUUCUUGUCCAUUGCAAGUUCUGUCAAAAUAGAUGGUUGGUUUGCUUGAAAAUGGUGCUGUUGCUACUGCUACUAGUAUGUUUGCUUCAUUGUUUAUGCUUCGUUCGAUAGUCUGUCAUCCGUUAUUUUGUAUCCAUUGGUGAUUAGUGAUCACCAAUUGCACUACUAUCUGUAUUAUUAUAGCUGUCUGGAAUGGGCCUUGUACGUCUUGGAUCAUCUAUCCUUUGUUAUCACUCCUGUGUUCCAUCAUGUGCAUCUCCGAAAAAUACAAUCAAGGCAGUUCGGAAGCUGGUAACAAGAUGCAGUAUACUGAUAGAGAGGCUGCACUCUAAAUUUGUUCAACAUAUGUCAAUUCUCAACUACUGAAUGGGAAGGGCUGGUACGGGUACCCGUCUAAUGGGCAGGGCUGAAAA